AAAGUUGAUUUGCAAGGUGAUGUGGCUCGGAGGCAGAUCGUUUGCUAGGAUGCUAUCGCGUUUUGAAUUAGUCUCUACGGCUGUAAUAUGUGUAAUAUGUUUAUCAUGUGCUGUUUCAGGUCAGACGCGUUACUUAGGCAAACAGAUAGGUGAUUUCAAAACAUAUGCUCAUGGAGUUAAAGGAACUAUAUAUAUUGCCAGUGACAAAACUAUCUUCAUAAAAGGCUUUGAAUAUGAUGGCCAAGGUCCUGAUGCUUUCUUUUGGGGAGACAUAUCAGAGAACCCUACACCUUCAGGAUUUAUCAUUCCGAAUGAAAACGGGAGUGAAGAAGUUCUAGGAAAGUACACUGGACAAAAUUUGAUCUUAACUCUACCUGAAGGGAAAUCUAUGAAGGAUAUCAAAUCUUUGGCUGUUUGGUGUAGAAGAUUUGCUGUGAAUUUUGGUAGCGUAAUCAUACCAACAGACGAUCUUCCAUCUGAAAAAAGUUUAGGGCCUUUACCAACAUUAGCACACGGUGUUCGUUCUGAUGACGUCAUAAUCAAAGAUGCUAGAACAAUAUUUAUUUCAAAUCUUUAUUACGAUGGAGCUGGACCUGAUGCUUUUUUCCUUGCUGGAAAUGGAAUAACACCUCAUAGCAAAGGAAUAAAGAUUCCAGAUGAAAACGGCAGUCUAGAAAAGAUAAGGGGCUAUCAAGGUGAAAAUGUGACUCUUCGCUUACCAGAGGACAUAACAGUGUUCGACAUAGAAUGGAUAGGACUUUACUGCAUACGUUACGAGCAGAAUUUUGGUCACGUAAUGAUUCCACAGCAUCCCAAUGUUCCAGCUCAUAUAAAUGAUCUGCUCGUAGAAGCUAGUACUCCCAGCGGAAAUGGAACACAGGGUCGUUAUGCAGAAUUACACGACGAUCAUAAAUUUCGAUUUGAUCACAAUUACUAUGGAAAAUACAUCUCUGAUUUCAAAACUAAUGCCCACGAUGUUUCAGGUUCUGUUUUCGCUGCUUCUGAAGAUACGUUUUACUUAAUAGACUUCACGUAUGACGGGGAAGGGCCUGAUGCAUAUUUUUGGGCUGGUACUUCAGAUAAACCAUCACCUGAAGGAUUCAUAGUUCCAGACGAAUAUGGAACGACAAAAGUUUUAAAAAAAUAUUUUAGUCACAAUAUUGCCAUAACUCUUCCAGACGGUAAAAAGAUAUCUGAUAUAAAAUGGUUGAGUGUCUGGUGUAGAAAAUUUGCUGUUAACUUUGGACACAUCAUGAUUCCUUCGGGAUUUAAUGCUCCGAAACCAGCGAAUUUGGGCCCUUUCAAAUCGUUUUCGCAUGGCGUAAAAUCAGGCGAUGUAGUAAUAAAAGAUGCCAGAACAAUAGCAAUUUCAAAUUUAUAUUAUGAUGGUAACGUAUCAGAUACCCAUUUCUUGAUUGGAGGAGAUUUAAAACCGCAUCCAGACGGAAAUAAAGUACCCAAUGAAAAUGGAAGGCUUGACCUGCAGGCAUACCAUGGAGAAAGUAUUGAAAUCAGACUGCCAAACGAUCAGUUAAUAAUGGAAAUGAGAUGGCUAUCAAUAUAUAGUACAUCAUUGAAAGAGGACUUCGGACAUGUCUCCAUUCCUGAGAAUCUGAACGUGCCAGCUGAUCUACAAGAAUUCAAGGCUUUAUUUCGAAACGAAGUAAAGUUUGACAACUGUUUAGAAAUAUUUUCUGGAGUUAUGCAAGUAAGCUGGAAAAUUUUAGGAGAGGAAAUUUACUUCCAGUUAGCGGGACAUGCAGAUGAAAAUGAAUACUUGGCUUUUGGAUUAAGUGCGGACAAGCACCAGGCUGCUAUGGUGGGUGCCGAUGUAGCAGUGGCAUUUUUCGACUUUGAAGCUAACCAAGCUCGAGUCGUGGAUUACUAUCUCAGCACUAAAUCACAGUGCGCUGAUGGAUAUGGUGCUUGUCCAGAUACUAAACUCAGGGGAGAUAAUAACAUAGAAGUUUUGUCUUGGAAUCGAGCAGAUGGAAUACUUUCAGUCACUUAUAAAAGACCUAUAGAAGCUAGUGAUGAUCAGGAUCUCUCUUAUUUAACACCUACGAGCAUGAUGACAGUUUCGUCCGUAGUUGCUGCCAUUGGUCCUCUCAACAGUCAAAAAGAAGUGGCUUUCCACGAUCGUUAUUAUAAUAAAGAACCGAUAUUUGUACGGUUUAAAAUCUCGCCUCCCUCAAACGACUGCGGUCCACUUUUACCAGUGACAACCACGAAAGUAGAAGCAUGGCCAUCCAUGAAAAUCUCAGAUGUUACAACUUUCAGGGCUCAGAUCGGACCUACAGGAGGAGAUAAAGGAUAUACGGCUAUAACAGGUUCACAGUCCUGGGGAAUCGCCUGGUGGAUCAAUGGUCUUCUUAUCCCUGAGCUCACCGUUCAGCGAGGCACCAAUUACACUUUUAUCGUGGAAGGUGGAAACGAUAAUUCCAAUUCUGCAUCAUACCAUCCUCUCUACAUAACAAAUAAUCCUGAAGGUGGAGGAGGACAAUUUCUGGACCAGGUUGGACUUCCGAAUCAUGCUGUAUACGCUGGAAUUAUGACAGAUGCCAAUCAAAACCUAGUACCAACAGGAGUUGGCCGUUUAUGUGAAUGGAAGCACAAAAGUGUUGAUAAGGCUGAAGAAUCAAAAACCUUUGAAGACUAUAAGAAGACACUACAACUAGAAUGCAAAGAUGGUAAGCCAGGUACAUUCGUCUGGAUGCCUGACGAAGACACGCCAGACAUAGUAUAUUAUCAGUGUUUUACUCAUCGGAAUUUGGGCUGGAAAAUAAACGUUAUUGAUGCAGACAACAAAGUGGCCGGCGCCAUGGAGCAUCUCAGCGAAGAACCAAACUCUGCUGCUAUUACAGCUGCGUCAUCUGCCAUUCUGGGUUUAAUCAUACUUUUCAUCAUUCUGUAAAUUACAGCAAUAUCAUAUGACUGCUUCAUUGAGUGAAACCGUGUACAAAUUCCGCAGUUUCCUUUAAUUGCAACAUUUUCAGAGUUGUUUUUAAUAAGGAAACACCGACUGAAAACGUUAUUGUGGCUUUGGGUUUUCAACUGAAUGCAGAAUAAUAGAUGAUGCUUAUUCCUAAAACAUCUGCUGCUGCGAAUAAUAUUUUAUUUUUAUUUUGUUUUGAUGUAUAAAAAGUAAAGCAAUAUGCUCAUACAAUCAACUUAUUAAGUUUCACUUAGUUCUGUGAUAAAAGUUUAAACGAAAUGGCCAGUUAAAAGGAAAAUUUAAUACCAUCAAGAAUUAUACUUCACAUAUUCUUUGGAAAAUUCUUUGCCCUAUUUAUAUUUCUUUAAAAUAUGCAAUAUAGUCUUGAAGUUUUAUGACAUUACUAUGGAUAAAAUUUUCUGCUUCAACUUUUUACAUGGAAUAGAUACUGCAUGAAAUGAAACUGUUAAAAUUAUUUUAUAAAUCUGGUAAUUAUUUUAUGAAUGAGAAUCUUGAUUUAUGUGAGUGUUUCUAUUAACUGUUGUUCAUAAUGUUUUAUUUAUUUAUCAUAAUUAAGUUCCUUUUUUCCAAAAUAAAGGAAGUUAAUAGCUGGAAAUAGAUAGCAUAUUAACUCUUCUAAACAUUCGUUUAAGUCGUACUACAUGUUAUUUAUGAAUUUCAUACUACGAGUUUUAUUUGAGUGAAGAAAUAUUUUUAAAUCCCUACAUGUUAUUUAUGAAUUUCAUACCACGAGUUUUAUUUGAGUGAAGAAAUAUUUUUAAAUUCCUUUGUCAGUUAUGUUGCCGAAGUCAGAUCAGCAAAGAUAAAAUUUCGAAAAUUGCAUAUAAUCUACUUAGUGUAUUUGUUUCUGUAUAGUGAAACAGAAUGUAUUAUUUCUGUUGAAAACUGACUAAAAAUAAUUGUAAAAUCGUAUUAUUAAUUUACUUUUCAUUUUUUAAUAAAAUAUUUGAUAUUUA